ACCGCAAGAAACGCUUCUUAGAGAUAGAGUUAUGACGAAACCAAUGGGUUCUGAACGGUCAGUAAUGCUCAUCAGCAGACUUUUUAUCCUCAACUUUCUUCUUCUCUGGCAACCUGGCACUGGGACUAAUAGUACUACUAUUGAUGAUAGAAUCAAAGAAGUCGAAAACAAGAAAUUACUUCCAGAUGAUGAAGUAAGUGCUCUUCAACUCCUUUCACAGAAUUUGCAGUCAUCUUCCACACAGUUCUCGCUGUCAUCUUCCACACAGUUAUCGCUGUCGUUUCCUAUUUGUUCUGACAACCAGGAUGCCGAGAUCAGAUGUGGUUACCCUGACAACACCAAAAAUGGAUCGUUUCGUUCGGUCACUGAAAUAAUCUUGCCACGAAAAAAGUUGGAUGGAUCUAUUCACAAUUCAAUAGGUUGGUUCAAAAACUUGGAAAGACUUGAUCUUUACUAUAAUCAGCUUUCUGGUGAGAUUCCUUCAACGCUGGGGCAAUUACAGCAUCUCAAGUAUUUGGACCUUUCAAGCAAUUCGUUGACCGGGUCUAUACCUCCAAGCCUGACAAUGUUGCGGAAUCUGGAAUAUCUGGAUCUUUCCAGCAACGAUCUUGAUGGCACCAUCCCUUCGAAUCUGAAGGGUCUACAAUCGCUUCGUAGAUUGGAUCUUUCCUAUAAUAAAUUGACUGGGCCAAUACAAGACAGCAUACAACAUUGUAAAAACUUGACAGGGUUGGCUCUUCUUUUAAACUCGUUGUCAGGCGGUAUUCCAAAAGAAUUAGGAAAACUGUCUGCACUCAAGUAUUUGGGCCUGGCUGGCAAUGAUCUUCAUGGUGAACUUCCGAAGGAGCUUGGAAAUUUAACCAACCUUCGAAUCCUAUACUUGACAGCGAAUAAUUUUAAUGGGACAAUUCCUACGACAUAUGAGCAUCUGACCAAUCUUCAAGUGUUUGGGGUAAGUGGAAACUAUUUGUCUGGUCCGAUACCUGAUUAUAUUGGAAAAUGGGUGAACCUCAGCGAUCUGGUCCUGAUAGGAAAUAAUUUUUCAGGGAAUCUGCCUGCAGAAACUUUUAGUCUGACAAAAUUACAUACAUUGUGGGUGAGUGAUGUAAACAAUCCCGGAAUAUCUUUCCCUAAAGAAGUCAUACCGGAACCCAAUUAUCUGUCUUCUGUGGUUCUGAGAAAUUGCAAUAUUAAUGGUCCAAUACCCGAAUACAUUGGCAAGUGGCCUCAGUUAUCAUAUCUUGAUUUGAGCUUCAACAACUUAAAUGGUAGCAUUCCAGGACCAUUUCCGAAACUGACAAAGUUAUUUUUAACAAGAAACAAGCUUACUGGGCUUCCUUCAUGGAUCACUGAUCCGAAGAAAUCGAAUAUCAGUCGUACUACAGUGGAUCUUUCUUACAAUGACUUCAACGUGCCAUGUAAAAAUAUAAAAUGCUUGGGACUGCAAAAUGUAACCAUGUCUUUCAUACAUGAGAUGAAGAGGGGAAAAUGUCGUCGAAAGCAUAAUUCCCUGUUUAUAAAUAGUGGUGGUGAGGAUGUAUAUUACGGAAAGGAUCAUUAUCAUAACGAUACCUCCAUAUCAAGUUUUAAUCUUAGUCCAUCUGAUGAUUGGGCUUAUAGCUAUGCUGGGGAGUACCUCAACACAGACUUCAAUGCCAGUGCUUUAGUAAGGAACUUGACAUGUGAAAUUACUAGCGCUAAGGCAAAGAUAGAUAACAAUUUUCGUCUUGCUCCCCUCUCUCUAACGUAUUAUGGCCUCUGCUUGCGUAAAGGCGAGUACAUUGUGACACUUUAUUUUGCUGAAGCAUUAUCUUCUAAGAGUGAAGAUUACAGCACAUCAGGAAAACGAGUGUUUGAUAUAUAUAUUCAGGGAACGAAUAGAAGGCAAGAUGUCAACAUAAAGGAAAUCCCUGGAAAAGAACAUGAAGGAAAACAGCUAGAUUUCCCGGUUAAAAUAAAUGAUGGUUCGUUAGAGAUCCAGCUCUUCUGGGCUGGCAAAGGAUCUCUAUAUGGACCUGCAGGUCGCAACGGACCUCUGAUAUCAGCCGUUUCCAUCACUCGUGUUCCAAGAAAACUGCAUGGUUGGGAAAUUGCGUUGAUUAUAGGAUGCUGUAUUUUGUUUCUGCUGCUGUUGCUGGCCUUCAUGUGGAGAAUGGGCUGGAUAGGUGACAGAGAAUUGCGAGAAACCAAAGUGAAGAUUGGAGAAAGAACUUUCACCCUUAAACAGAUCAUUCAUGCAACAAAAAAAUUUAGCCCCAAGAUGCAGCUUGGUAGCGGACGUUCAGGGAUAGUAUACAGGGCUGAAUUACCAGAUCUGACUGUGGCAGUGAAGAAGCUAUUCACUCAUUCAAAAGCAGUAGAUGAAAUAGGAAGUGAAGUUUAUGCCAGGAAGGCCUUGGACUUGAAACAUGAAAACCUUGUUAAUUUGAUUGCUAGUUAUUCCAGAAGGCACCUAAUUUUGCUCAUCUACGAAUAUAUGGAACAUGGCUCACUUGGACAAGUUUUAUUUGGUACAAAUCCCACUGUGCAAAUUGAUUGGCAGAAAAGAUUUAUAAUCUGCAGGGGAAUAGCGAAGGGUUUGAAGUAUCUUCACGAAAGGAAUCCACCAAUAAUUCACAGAAACAUAAAAGCCAAUAAUAUUCUGCUUGAUGCAAGUUGUAAUCCGAAAAUAUCAGAUUUUGGAUUGGCAAAGCUUUAUGAAGAGGAGAAUCCAUAUAUUGCGAUUGGAGCAGGAGGAGAUCUUCUAUACAUGUCACCAGAGUAUGCAACCCGGAGAGCCAUGACAGUGAAAGUCGACGUCUACAGUUUUGGGAUCCUUCUCCUUGAAAUCGUUAGUGGGAGAAAUAAUGCUGACUACAGAGCAAACCAAGAAACUGUUUUUCUUCUAGAUACGGCUGGUAAUUUAAAUGCGCGGGGAAGGCUAGGAGACUUAGUUGACCCAAGCUUGCGCACUUAUGACUGGGACCAAGCGAAAAUUGUCCUGAACUUGGCAAUGAUGUGCACCGAUCAAUCACCUUCUCUCAGGCCUACAAUGUCUCAAGUAGUGGCUGUACUUGAAGGCGAAAAAACUCUCGAGGAUCUCUCUAAAGAGAUCGCUCCCUCGACAUGAUUUGAAUCUCUCCUGCUUCACCGGAUGGUCAGUGUGUAUCUUGUGUGGUUUGCCGGUUUCUCCAUAUCUAUUGAAAUUUCUUCCUUUUUUUUUUCUUUGGUUUCUUUUCCUUAUCCACCUUUUGAUUUAAAUCUUCCUGAUAAAGAUUGAAGGAAAAAUAUGUACUGUUUUUUAUGGAAUUAUGGCCCUGGAGAUUGCAGACCUCGUUUGUUAUGUGACAUCUAUAUAUAUGUUUCAUGUUGUCAAUUAUUCUCACUCUAUGAAUGUUUUCCUUACAUUUUAGCA